AUGAAUAUUAAUCAAUCUGGUCUAUGUCAUGUAUGCUGUAAUAAAGGUGCACAAAAACAUUUCGGUGCAAUUUGUUGUGCACCAUGUAAAAUGUUUUUUCGUCGAAAUGUUCAUUACAAUCUGGAAACAAGUAUAUGUCAUUUUGGUGGUGUAUGUAAUAUAACAAUUAAUACUCGACAUUCAUGUCGAAUAUGUAGAUUUAAAAAAUGUUUAUCUGUUGGAAUGCAAAAAGAAUUACUUCGUGCUUCACGUCUUCCAUCUAAUCAAAAUACUGUUAAAACUCAAUAUGAAUCAAAUAUUUAUCCAUUAGAUUUACUUCAAAAUGAUCGUUCAUUAUUAACAACAGAUCAAUGGAAUGUUUUAUCAAAUAUUAUUCAUGCAUAUGAUAAUACUUCACCUGUUUCCAGUAUUAUUGAUAUAUUAACUGCUCAGUCAACUUUUCCUUUAAAAAUUCGAAUGAAAAUAGUAGCAGAUAAAUUUCUAAAUGUAAUUAGUUCAGUUUUUCAUUCUUUUGGUGAAUUUAUUAGAAAAUUACCACAAUUUUCUGCUUUACAAACAAAUACUAAAAUUGAACUUAUUCAACGACAUUUUCGUACUGUUGGUGAAUUUGGUGGUAUAUUUGUUUUACGUGAAGCAAAAAUUUAUUCGAGUCCAAUAUAUAAAAAUUUCUUUAAUAUUCAUUAUGGAUCAGAAAUUCAUGAACAAUUUCUUCGUAUUGCCGAUCAACAAGAACUUGAUGGAACUAUAAUAAAAUUAUUUAUUGCUGCUAUUAUUUUUUCAACAUGUACUGAUGUUGUUCAACCAACAAAUUCUUAUCAUAACAAUAAUGAAAGUUUUUUAUCUUCAAAUAUAAAACAUUUAAUGAAUAUACAAGAUGUUUAUGUUGAAAUAAUAUUUAAAUAUAUGUUAUAUCGAUAUGGGACGAGAGAUGCAAUAUUACGUUUUGCAGCUGUUAUUAAAAAUUUUCUUGAUCAAAGUUUAUUUGUGAUCAAUGCUGGAGAACAAUAUCAAGUAAAAAACGAAAUAAUAGAAAAAAUUCGAUCAGAUAUUAUUACAAAUUCAAUAUUACAGACUGAACCAAUCUAG